AUGUACAGUAUGCGUGCCCAGUUGCCCGUCCAGCUGUCCCGUGCGCGGCAGUGCACUUAUGGCAGUGUCGCUGCCCUUGCUGUAUGGAGUAAAAACGCAAAUUGGAUUGGUUAUGUUGCUAUUUCGAAUGACGAAACCUCGAAACGCUUAGGCCGCCGUGACAUAACGAUUUCAUGGAGAGGGACUGUGACUCGUUUGGAAUGGAUUGCUGAUUUAAUGGACUUUCUCCAUCCGAUUUCUUCUAACAAAAUACCUUGCCCUGACCCUAAUGUCAAGGUUGAAUAUGGGUUUCUUGAUCUCUAUACUGACAAAGAUGAGAACUGCAGGUACUGCAAGUUCUCAGCGAGAGAACAGAUACUAACCGAGGUGAAAAGAUUAGUAGAAAAGUAUCCAAAUGAGAAAAUGAGCAUAACAGUGACUGGACACAGUUUAGGCAGUGCUUUGGCAAUAUUGAGUGCGCAUGAUAUUGUCACGAACUUAGAGUCUAUAAUCAUUUGA